UCGAAAAAUACGUUGUCAGGGCAACACCAGUAACCAGGAUACAGAUAAACAAGUGACAGCAGCUAGAAACUUAGUUAGCUCACUAGUAAACACAGUGGAAAAUGGCAAAAAAGCAGGAAUCUGCAGAGGAAUCGGUUGAUGGGCCAUUUUAUCUGGAGAAAGUAUUAAUUCCAGAGGAGUCUGAGGAUGGUUUUGAGUAUGAGGAGAUCAUUGAGGAAGAGGAGAGUGUAACUGAAGGAGAAGAGACUCUGGAAGCUGCUGUUAAAGCUGCAGUUAAAGGACGGGCUGAAGAAUUCCAGCGGGAUAUAGAGCCUCCAAACACAGCCAAGCAGCCCUUAAACCACAUCCCUGAGGUGGUGGAUGAUUUUCUCCGCAACUUUCUGGUUAAAAUGGGCAUGAGCAGAACACUGGACUGCUUCCAAACUGAGUGGUUUGAAAUGCUUCAUAAAGGCAAGCUUAAAACAGAUGAGGUGGGCUUUAUACCAGAUGUCUACACCCACAAUCAACUCCUUGAUAACGAGCUGAAAAAUGUCCAAAGAGAGCGAGACAGUUACAAGCACGCUGCAUUUCAAGCUGGAGAGACUAUUAUAAAACUGCAGAAGGAGAGAGACUUCCAUCGUUUGCAGCAUAAGCGUGUGGUUCAAGAGAAAAACAGAAUGGUUGAGGACAUCAAAAGACUAAAGAAACACUAUGCAUCCUAUGAGCCUGCCCUGAGACAACUGAAUGAAAAGUACCAGACCGCCCUGAGGCAGAAGAUGCUGGUCAGUAUUGAGAGGGACAGAGUCUUCAGUCAAGUUCAAAACAUAGACAGCAAUCAACGCCAUACACACUCCUCACCAGGGACUCGCAGCAGAAUCACUGAAUCUCAGAAAGGACAAGAGAAGGCCCAACGUAGUCCAGAGCGAAAGUCAAGACCAGGAGAUGGUGUAGCUUCUGAAGAUCCCUACAAGAACACAACCAGUAAACAUCCCAAAGACUCUGAGUUUCCAUCCAACACACGCAUCAAUCCAUUCUUGCCUCAAAUAAAAGCCCUAUCUGCCCAAAGCCCUAAAGUAUCCAGCUUCUCCUUGACCAAAUCCCUCAACGCUCACACCAUGGCAGUGAGCUGUCUUGCUCUCCAUCCACGCAAACUAGUCAUAGCCUCUGCCAGUGACGACCAUCUCUGGAGGCUUUGGGGGAUGCCAGAAGGUGAGAUGAUAAUGACUGGAGAGGGACACACUGACUGGUUGUCUUCAUGUAGUUUCCACCCCAGUGGGGGCUGUCUGGCCACCACCAGUGGCGACACUACAGUGAAGAUCUGGGACUUUGCCAAAGGUCGCUGUGUGCUAACCCUAGAAGGCCACAUGCAUGCAACUUGGGGAUGCUGUUUCCACACCUGUGGGGAUUUUGUGGCCUCCUGCUCCAUGGACAACACAGCCAAAGUGUGGGACCUGAACAGUGAGCGUUGCCGCUACACCCUGCGGGGCCACGUAGACUCGGUGAACAGCAUCACAUUCCUUUCCUUCUCCAACAUCCUCCUCUCCUCCUCUGCUGAUAAGACCCUUUCUUUGUGGGAUGCCCGCACCGGGCUAUGUGCUCAGACCUUCUAUGGACACCAGCACUCAUGCAACAGUGCGGCCUUCAAUGCCCUGGGAGACACCAUCGCUUCCUGUGACUCCUGUGGUGUGGUGAAAUUAUGGGAUGUGAGAAAUGUAUCAGCCAUGGUGACCCUCGAUACUGGGCCACAGCCCAGCAACCAAGUUGCUUUCAGUCCAAAUGGACAGAUGCUGGCGGUCGCCAGUAAUGAUGGCUCAGUGAAGCUGGUGGAAGUGGCUUCUUUGCACCUGUCCAGUCUUUCAGGGCAUAAUGAUGCCGUUCAGAGUGUCAUUUUUGACCAUAAGGGAGAAUACUUAUUAUCUGCAGCUUCUGAUGGUGCGAUCUGCAUCUGGUCAUGAUAUUUGAAUGGCACUUUUAGAAGAAAUGUGUAAUGUUAUUGAUGUAACAUUAGUGUUGCACAAUUCACUUAUUCAGCAAUAAUGUGUCAUGAAAUGUUUUCAUUUGAAUGUUUAGCAGUCAAAAAAGAUAAGCAGACAAAACUUACCAAAAUGAAAUUUCAGUUCAAUCAAAUGUAUAAUAAAAAACACACUAAACAAAACAAUUACUCUCUUCAUUAUUUUCAAGGAUUGUGAGAAGUAUUUUUUAUUAAACUGCAAAUGUAUAA